AAGAGUGUGGGGGUAAAACAGAGAAGAAGGAGGGCUCAUCACUGUAGUGUUUAGUGGUGGGCUCUUUUCUGUGUUAUUCAGACUGCAACUUCAAUAUUUGCAGUUCUGUUGUUGAUGGUGGUUUGCUGCUUUGGGAAAGAACCUGAAGUUUUGCUUUUGAGACUCUGCAACUGUUCUGAAGAAACAUCCCUUGUGUAAAACCCCAGCUCCCUGUACCAUGUACCAGUCUGGCUUUGUGCCACGGGAGUAUUACCCAGCCAUGACCGCACCUUCUGCUUACACCUACCCACCACUGCGGACUGGGAGAGCAGGAGACAUGACCACCCCUGUGAUGUUCCCUCCCAUCCACAUGCAUAACUUCUACAGCCGCCCCAUCACCUUUGUGGUGGACCAGACCAGCCACCCUGACUAUGAGGGAGGUCAGGUGGAGUAUCACCAUCUCUAUGGUGCCUCCCGUCCCUACUUCCAUCCAUACUAUGCCUGGCAGUUUGCUCCCAUGGUCCCUGUCCCUCUCUACCAUCCUUAUGCAAACUAUAAUCCCUAUGCUGCCUACCAGAGGUCAGAUCAGUAUCGUGACACAUGGCCAGAAGGCUUCACAAUGAGAGGAGAGCUUCAAUGGGGGAAGCUUGCAAAGGUGUUUGGACCAAGGAAAGAUCUCCCAGCAUUUGUGAAGGAUGAUCUCCGGAGGGUUUAUGGCACCUACCCACGUACCAGUGUCUCCAUUACCUACAGGAAAGGGGAGUUCUUGGUGAAGGGGGACCCCCAGGUAGGAGAGCAGGAAUAUGCAGUGGAAAAGAAAGUCGUCCAGCAGGCUGUGACCCCCAGUGCCAGUGAAGCAGAUGACAGCAGUGAGGACCGGAACAGUAAGAAGAAAAAGAAACAAAGACACUGAUAUAGUCAAUCACCCAAUGCUUCAGAGCCCUUGUGGAAAUCAGUUGGCAGCUGUUCUUGGUGCAGCUGGCAAGUAGCACAAGCAAUGAAUGCCACCACCCCUGUUGGCUUUUAACUGCUCCCCAUCCUUCACAAGCUUAUGGCAACUUUACCCUGUUUGCACAGUGCCUGCCCUAUAAAGAAACCACAUGGCACUUGUCUGUCAGAUCAGCUCUUUGGUUCUGGCUUUGAAAUGAGUGUUUGAUUUCCACUGGUUGGUUGUAUGGUCACAGUCUGGUGGGGGGAAUCUCCAGGCAGCAGCCCUUCAUCAGAAAACUUCAGCCUCUUCCUGUCCCAUGCAAGGGAAUGUCCUGGAAGCUGGCUCUUUUCCUGGCACUCAAUAGGAUCAAAGUGGGAUUUCUUCCAGGUUGGGGGCAGUGCAAGUCCCAGAGGAAAAAGGGGUUCUUGAACACUGUAAAGAGCAAAUAUUUGCAUGUCUUGUCACUGCUGUUUAUGACCAUUCCAUUGUACUUAAUCACUGUGUAAUGCCUGUGUGCAGCAUUCCCUUACAUGCUGGCAGAAGAUCCUGGUGUCCCCAUCCUCUGGGGGUGCUUGGUUCUCCUGGCCACAUGUCCUUGUUGAAAUCACUGCAGAGACCCUCCUCUGGGUCUCACUCAGCUCUGGUUAGAGAUGCUGGCUCUCCAGUGAGGUUACUGGAGUUGUGAACCACAGCACUUUCACAGCUCGGUCUCUUGGAAGGGUGGAUUUCAGAGUAGUGCUUGAAGGCUGGAGAGCUGUGUGGGGCUGGGUCUGACUUGUAAACCUCUUUACCUUUUAAAUGAUUAUAAAUAAUAAAAAUCUCAAAAGCAGA